CGUCUGUCUUUGUCUCACACAAUCACACACACACACUCCCUCUCAAGCGGCCGGCACAAGCACAGAAAACCUAGAAGCCACCUUUUCCAAAGCACCUCAGUCCCAUCCCUGUCUCCUAGCUUCUUCAUGUCCACCGCAAGCGAAUGGCCAGACCAUGAGCUAGGGAAGAAGUUCAAGAGGGAGUCAGCGGCGGCGGACCGGAUGACGGCGGCACGGAGGAGCUGCAGCCUACCGGCGGGGGCGGGGGCGACGGCAGCUGCAGGAGCCGGGCCAGGUUCGGCGCUGAACACGGUCACGCCAUGCGCGGCGUGCAAGCUGCUCCGGCGACGGUGCGCGCAGGAGUGCCCCUUCUCGCCCUACUUCUCGCCCCUGGAGCCACACAAGUUCGCCGCCGUGCACAAGGUCUUCGGUGCCAGCAACGUCUCCAAGAUGCUCCUGGAGGUGCACGAGAGCCAGCGCGCCGACACGGCGAACAGCCUCGUGUACGAAGCGAACCUGCGGCUCCGGGACCCCGUCUACGGCUGCAUGGGCGCCAUCCUCACCCUGCAGCAGCAGGUGCAAGCGCUGGAGGCCGAGCUCGCCACCGUCAGGGCCGAGAUCGUCAGGCACAGGUACCGCCCUGCCGCCGCCGCCGCCGCGUCGCCGGUGGCCACCGUGCUCCCCUCGUCGCACGCCUCCCAGCUCCUUGCGGCCAGCCGGGGGCUGCACGCCGGCAGGCCGGUAGGGACAAGAACGGCAACUUUGGCGGCGGCCUCGUCGUCGUCGUCAUCGGUGGUGUACGCCGCCGCCGCGUCGAGCUCAACGGACUACAGCUCCGUCACGAACGAGAAUGUUCCUUAUUUUGGUUGAGGUAGCACGUAUUGUAGAGGUUAACACCGAAUGCUAGCUGGCUGCGCUUCUUGAAUGUAUUUUUGCUUUUUUUUAAUCUGUAGACCUUUUGAAAAUACUUGAAUAAGUCUUUACGUUGCUAUAUAGGGCAAACAACUCAGGCUUCCAGUUCCAGAUUGAAGCUUAAACAGACUCAGGCUCAACAUUGCUAGGGCAAACAAUAGAAUUCAUAUACCC